GAAACAAUAGAUGUUACUGACCUUUCGCUUUACUAAUUUUGAAGCAAGACUUAAUUUAAUCCUUGAAUACACUUUCUGUUUGUCACAUUUCAAUUUUUUAGACCAGUUUACUAAGGAGUAUACUGAAUUGUCAUGGUUAGACGUAAAUGAUGUAUCUCCAAGUGAAAUUUUAGCUGAUGCUGGGCUGGUUCCAGCUAUAUCACCAGUACAAAGUAUAAAAUCUUCUCCAAAUGAAAGUAGUAACUCAGACUCGGGCAGUGAAGAUGAUUCCAAAAUUGGAUCUUCUACUUCAUCUGUCAGGCAGUCAUCCCAAUCGCCAUUUGAUUGGUCAUUUCAAAAUGAACCUACUAAUCAGCUAAAGCCAGAGGAUGUUGAUUUAUUUCUUCAAAAAUCAGUGCCAACUAGAACAAGUUCUGAAGAAUCAUCAAUUAGCUAUACAGUUACAGAAAAGACUAGUCCUAUUAUGGCAAUUGAAAACGGUAUGAUAAAGGUUGUUAAAAAAGAAAUUGAUUGUGAACAAAAUAUUAUUAAGCCUAUAUCUAACCCCUGUAAUGUUACAAGUAUACAUUGUCAAAAUUCCAUUUAUAAAGUGAUAAAUGAAAAUUCACAAAAUAUGAUUAAGACAGAGGACAAUAAGGUUCAUGUAGUAGUUGAAAAGAAGGCACCAAGAAUAUUAAGAACAACAAAUAGCUUAAUAAUGAAGCCUACAAGUGUUGUGAUACCAGAUGAGAGUACCAAGGAUGGUAUGAUUUCCAUCACUCCGCUUACUCAAAGUAGACCAGUUCAAGUUACAAGUAGUAAUGGUUACCACGUUAAGAAACUUCCACCACCAAAUAAUGUAGUGAUAAAUCCGAAACCCGAAAUACACACACCCACUUCCAUAAACCAAAGUAUAAAAGAAGAACCAAAGAGUCCCCCCAUUGUAGAAAUAUCUCAGUUCAGUGAAGCUGAAAUAAGAGCUUUGAAAAAGCAACAGAGGAUGAUUAAGAAUAGGGAAUCUGCAUGUCAAUCACGUCAAAAGAAGAAAGAAUAUGUAACUGCUUUAGAACAGCAGCUAUUAGAAGCACAUCAAGAGAUUGCCCGUCUACGAUUAGAAAAUAAAUUGCUAAAGGACCAAUUAGAAUCAAAUGGACGCAGUCGAAAGAUCCCCCGGAUAGACUCAUCGAUAUUGAUACCCAAAAAGAACAUUGCUGUAAUUUUCGCCAUGGUUUUUAUGGUUUCUUUAAAUUGGAAUGUUUUAGGGUGGAAUACGAAAUCAUUUUCUGGACCUACUUCUUCUCAUGUGAAUUCGCGACAUCUUUUGUGGGCUGAAGAAAACAAGGACAUGCCUUCUUCAGACUACGACUCAUUUACCAAUCGUAGCGCUGAGGGAAUAGACUGUCAAAAUACAAUUAUAAGUGACUUUGCAAACAUAAACCAAACAGAAAGUAUAAGAAUAGUGGGAGAAUUAAAACGAUGGAUAGGAGGUGGAAAAACAUUGAAUUGGACUAACACUCAAAAAAAGCAUAAAGUUUAUUUGGACGAGAAACAAAUAACAGGUGGACUACUAGAAACCUACAGACUUUUCAAUAAACUGAACCUCGACAGCAACCUUAUUGAUAUUUCUCAACAAAAACAUGGGAAAGGCGUACGAGAUAAAUCGGGUUUAAGGAGAUUACGACGUCAGACAGUAGCUGAAAAAAAUAUAUUCGCAAAGAGUGACAUGUAUUACGAAAAUCUUUAUGACAAACCUCUACGGAAAUCGGCAAAUAAGUUUAAUGUCGAUGACUUUGGUGAAUGGAAUGCAUUACUUCAAGCUCUACAUAGAAGAGAUGAUACGUUCUAUGUGGUGGGUGUUGGGAAGGGAGAACACUUACUGUUACCAGCUGUAACGCAUAAUGUGACGAGACCGCCAAAAAUGGCAUUGAUUUUACCAGCUCGAUCAAGCAAUGAUUCUAUAAUGAAUGAUCACGUUACCCUCAUGCAAAUCGACUGUUCCGUCGUCAAUACUACUCUAGUCAAGUUAAAGUCGGAUGCCUUACCAGAGAGCUUUCGAAACUCGAAAGACGACAGUAAAUCCACACAAGUCAAUAUGACUCCGGAAAAUAGAAAGUUAAAAAGAUUCAAAGUUGACACUAGUCUAAAUGAGAUAAUUUACAAUACAAACAAUAAUUUUUCCAAUAAUUUUAAGAAGAAUAAUGACGUGAAUAGCAAUGAUGAACUAAAUAAAAAUGAUUUCUUCACACAGUAUUUGAUCCCCAAAUCAAGUGAUAGUAUAAAAAAUUAUUUAAAUAAUAAAGUAUUAAAAAAACCUUCUAAUAGUUCGCUCUAAUAAACAUACUGACAAUCUA